AUGAGCGACGAGUGGACCUUUUCCUCGUCCUUCGAAUACGCCAAUGAGGAAGAUGCUCAGUGGCAAUUUCACGACAAGCCAGGGCAGACACAUCGCCAGGAUCUCACCGGCUGGGAAGCCAACAAUCGUUCCGGGGUGAAAGGUCGUCUUCUGGAGGUGGUUCAUGGCUACAAAGCCAAUGACGAAAGCAGACCUCGUACCCUCAUAGUGUUUGAGUGGUUGUUAAUUCCUGCCGGGCGGAAGGACCGCAUCAAGGACGUGGUGAUCACUGUUGCGUUCAAGGCAAUUGGCCACCGGGAUGGAGUUGGCCCGGGGGAAAGCCUCGAUGACUUCGACCCGGUGCCUAUCAAGUGGGCGCCGGGCCUACCGAUCUGCAGCGGAUUCAGUAAAGCCACCGUGACCGAAACGGCGAACACAGAUGCGGGUGUGCAAGCUGGCUACAAUGGUCUCAGCCUGUCUGUCAACCGAGGCGUGGGGACAUCGACGACAGUCGAACGAAUGGAUCACCGCCUCAUUACAGGCUCGAACUCGUAUGUCGACAAGAAUGAUGGGAUAAGCAACGCCAUGCAAUGGCGCUUUUCCGAGAACGCGCAGCUGAAGAGCGGAGUACAGUAUGUGGUGCGCACGGCGGUUCUCCUGCGGCGCCGGAAAUUUGACGAUGGCAACUUCAAUGUGGUUGUUGUGGCCGAGGCCAAUGGCUCAAGCACAAGCCGCAUGCUUCGCACGGUGAGACGCUUCUUGGGGAUUCCUUCGAAGGACGGGCCGGCUGCGUUCGAUCCCAAGGUGCUUCCGGGAUCAAGUGACGGAGAAGCCGGCGAAGAUGACAUGGCGGCGCGAAAGACUGAGCGUGACUGGAGGAACCUCGAUAAUCUGAAGCUCGAGGAUGUCUUGCUGAAGGAUUGGGGACGCGAAUCAGUGGAAGAGUCCUCCAAGAAUAGUUCCUAA